AGAAAGAUGGACCCUCUCGACAAUGUUACAGUUUAUAACGCGUCUCCAAACGCCACUGACGAAUUGAACCAGUUUGUGCAACCUGUUUGGCAAAUUACACUGUGGGCUGUUGCUUAUUGCAGCAUAGUCACUGUGUCAGUUUUGGGGAACGUGGUGAUCAUUUGGAUCAUUCUGUCGCACAAACGCAUGAGGACCGUCACCAACUACUUUUUGGUGAAUCUUGCUUUUGCUGAAGCUUCCAUGUCAACAUUCAACACAGUGAUCAACUUUGCGUAUUCUGUUCACAAUGAGUGGUACUUUGGUUUUGUUUACUGCCGCUUUCACAACUUCUUCCCCAUCGCUGCCAUAUUUGCCAGUAUUUACUCCAUGAUGGCCAUCGCACUGGACAGGUACAUUGCGAUCAUCCAUCCUCUACAGCAGAGACUGUCACCCACAGAGACCCGGGUGGUUGUUGUCAUCAUCUGGAUCCUCGCCUUGCUCCUGGCUUUCCCACAAUAUUAUUACUCCUCUAUAACGCAGCUCCCAGGUCGUACAGUCUGCUACAUAGACUGGCCAGAGUACAGCACACUGGAUUUCCAGAAAAUAUACUAUGUGUGUGUGACAGUGCUGAUCUAUUUCCUACCCCUGUGCAUUAUGGGAUGUGCAUAUACAGCUGUGGGAAUUACACUUUGGGGUAGUGAGAUCCCCGGGGACUCCUCUGAGCACUACAAGGAGCAACUUUUGGCCAAACGCAAGGUGGUGAAAAUGAUGAUCAUUGUGGUGUGCACAUUUGCUGUGUGCUGGCUGCCAUACCACAUCUACUUCCUGCUGCAUCAGUUCUUUCCUGAGAUUUUGGAGCAAGUGUACAUUCAGCAGGUUUACCUGGCCAUAAUGUGGCUGGCCAUGAGCUCCACCAUGUAUAACCCCAUUAUCUACUACUGCCUCAACAGUAGAUUUAGAGCUGGUUUUCACCAGAUAUUGUGUUGCUGUAUGGUUCGUGUGGUGAAGGAAGAGCUAGAGCUUAAAUCCCCCCGGUUCUUACAAACCCAGGUGUGUGCUGGGACACAGGAGGGAUGAGAAGUCCAGGUAUGUGGUUGCCCUUAUUUAUUUGUCUGCUUAUACUCACUACAGCAUCUAGACAAGGAAGAC